ACAAAAUGAAUGAUAUUAUAAAUUACAUAUUUUUUGACGAAUUUGCUGGUUACAAUUUAGAAAAACGUCGAAGACCACGUAAAAUCAAACCACGUAUAAAUUAUUUAGAAUUGUUUGACGAUGUAGAUUUCAGGUCAAGGUUUAGAAUAUCAAAAAAUCAUUUUAUGAUAUUUUUGGAAAAAAUAGAAGAUGAAAUACGACCAAAAACUGAUUGUAAUGAUGCUAUUCCACCUAUUAUACAAUUGUUAGUUGCAUUACGAUUCUAUGCAACAGGAUCCUUUUUGCAAACUAUUGGAGAUUUCUGUGGAAUUAGUAUAUCAAGUACUCAGAGAAUUGUUCUCCAUAUAUCCAAUGCUAUUGCUGCAUUAAGAAAUGAGUUUAUAAAACUUCCAAUAUUACCUGAAGAAAUUCGUCGAAAUGAGAAGGAAUGUUACCAAACUGCCAAAUUUAUUCGUAUUAUUGGCUGUAUGGAUUGUACUCAUAUAAAAAUACAAUCGUUUGGUGGAAAAGAAAGUGAAUUAUUCCGCAACAGAAAAGGAUGGUUUUCCAUUAAUGUACAAGUUAUAGUUAAUGCAAGAUUAGAAAUUAUAGAUAUUGUGGCACGUUGGCCAGGCUCAACGCAUGAUUGUACCAUUUUUGAUCAUUCAAGGAUAAAAACUUUAUUUGAAACAGGCACAUUUGGUGAUAGUGUAAUUAUAGCAGAUUCUGGAUAUGCAAACCUACCAUAUAUUAUGUGUCUAUUGCAAUGUCCGACAACAGCUGCAGAGCACCUCUACAAUGAAGCGCAGAUUAGAACGCGUUCAAAAAUUGAACGUUUCUUCGGUAUUUGGAAAAAAAGAUUUCCAGUUUUGUCUAUUGGAAUGCAUUUUCGUACACCUGACAAAAUCCUUUCUGUUAUUAUUGCAACGGCAGUUUUACACAAUAUUAUCCAACAAGAUAAAGAAGAAAUAAGAACCAAUUCUGAAGCAUAUAAUAAUGCUAUUGAAUUAAUGCGAAAUGUGGAUAAUGCUAAUAGAAAUGUCACUGAUGUACGUCAUAAAAUAGUGAAAUAUUUUGAAAGGUUAAUUUAAAGCAAAAUGUGAAAUGUAAAAUACAAUACGAGGACAACACAAUAUGAAGAAUUUCGACUCAAGGAUUAUGAAAGUCAAUUAUAAGGCAAACGAUUUUACUUAAUGGAAACAUAUUAAC